AUGCUCAGGUACUCUACCAUCCGUUCACCUCCUACCGCGCCUUCAUUUUUCCUCUCUCGCCUCCGCCGCCGGCGCUCAAUCCACUGGAAGCCCCGCCACGAAUCCAAGCUCUCCCACCCUGAACUCGUCGACCGAAUCUCCCGCCUCCUCGUCCUCGACCGCCGCGCCGCCCUCGACGGCCUCAAAUUCGACUUCUCCGGCGACCUCCUCGACUCUGUUCUCCUGAAGCUCAGGCUCAAUGCCGGCGCCUGCUUGAGAUUCUUCAAAUCGGCCGCGACGCAGCCUAAUUUCAGACCCGACGUCAAGUCCUAUUGCAAGCUGGUUCACAUCCUGUCGCGUGCGCGUAUGUACGACGAGACAAGAUCGUAUUUGACAGAAUUGGUUGGGUUGUGCGAUAAUAAUUAUUCUUCUAGGCUCGUGUGGGAUGAGCUAUAUGCGUUCUAUCGAGAGUUCGGAUUCUCGCCUACUGUGUUCGAUAUGAUACUUAAGGUGUAUGCAGAGAAAGGAAAGGUGGAGAAUGCACUCCAGGUGUUUGAUAAUAUGCUCAAGUACGGUAGAGUGCCGAGCUUGAGGUCGUGUAACAGCUUAUUGAGUAAUCUUGUUCGGAAAGGACAGAGUUACUCUGCUGUGCUUGUCUAUGAUCAAAUGACGAGGCGGGAGAUUGUCCCGGAUGUCUUCACUUGCUCGAUUAUGGUGAAUGCGUACUGCAAGCAGGGGAGGCUGGACAGAGCCGUGGAGUUUGUUAAAGCGAUGGAGCAUUCAGGUUUUGAGGUGAAUGUAGUGGCGUACAAUAGCUUGAUUGAUGGGUAUGUUAGUGCCGGGGAUAUGGAAGGAGCCAAUGGCUUAUUGGAGAUCAUGAAAGAGAAGGGUGUUUUAAGAAAUGAGGUUACAUUUACUUUGUUAAUUAAGGGUUAUUGUCGAAAAUGUAAAUUCAAGGAAGCGGAAGAGGUAUUGGGACAGAUGAAACAAGAGGGAGUGCCCUUGGAUGAGUAUGCUUAUGGUGUGUUGAUUGAUGGAUAUUGUCAAAUUGGUAAACUAGCAGACGCUGCUCGGGUUCGAGAUGAAAUGUUGGAGGUAGGGUUGAAGACGAAUUUAUUUGUUUGCAACUCAUUUAUAAAUGGGUACUGCAAAAAUGGUCAGUUUCGUGAGGCAGAGAGAUUGUUAAUACAAAUGAGAGACUGGAAACUAAAGCCGGAUUCCUAUAGUUAUUGCACUCUUGCUGAUGGAUAUUGUAGAGAAGGCCUUACCGGCAAAGCUUUCAGCGUUUGUGAACAGAUGAUUCAGGAUGGCAUUGAACCAAGUGUUGUAACUUACAACACUCUUCUGAAAGGCCUAUCCCGUGUGGGUAACCUUGAAGAUGCUUUGCGAUUUUGGCAUUUGAUGCUAAAGAGGCGCGUGGAUCCCAACGAGAUCAGCUAUUGUACUUUGCUUGAUGGGCUUUUCAAAAUGGGAGACUCUCUUAGGGCUUUAACCCUGUGGAAUGAUAUCCUGGCUAGGGGGGUUACCAAAAGCGCAUAUGCUUUUAAUAUAAUGAUCAAUGGGUUAUGCAAGGUAGGCAAAAUGGUUGAAGCUGAGCAGAUCUUUGCCAGAAUGGUGGAAUUGAGUUAUAAGCCUGAUGGCAUAACAUUCAGAACCCUGAGCGAUGGGUAUUGUAAAGCUGGAAAUGUUGAAGAAGCUCUCAACGUCAAAGAGAAGAUGAAAAAGGAUGCAAUUUCUCCUUCAAUUGAAAUGUAUAACUCUCUCAUCGCAGCACUUUUCAAGUGCAGGAAAAUGAAUAAGCUUGUGGAUCUCCUCAGCGAAAUGAAUAAACAGGAGUUAGCACCAAAUAUAAUUACCUAUGGGGCGAUAAUAUCUGGCUGGUGUGAUGAAGGAAGGCUGGAUAAAGCUUUCAGUGCAUAUUUUGAGAUGAUAGCAAGGAAAUUAGUUCCAAAUUUGAUUAUCUGUGGCAAAAUUAUCAGCAGCCUCUACAGUGCUGGCAGGAUAGAAGAAGCAAAUAUGCUGUUGCAGAAGAUUUUCGAUUUCAGUGUUUUAGACCUGAAAUUAUUUGAAACGCCUCAACAGAAUGAUUCUAGACAUUUAGAUUGUGAGAGGAUCGCCGAUACCAUUGAUCAAAAUGGUACGAGUUUCUCUCUACCCAACAAUGUGCUAUACAAUAUUGCUAUUGCUGGGCUUUGUAAGUCUGCUAACAUUGAUGACGCAAGAAGAUUUUUCUCCAGUUUGUUGCAUAGAGGUUUCGUUCCAGAUAACUUCACUUACUGCACUCUGAUUCAUGGCUGUUCUGCUGCUGGUAAUGUGGAUGAAGCCUUCAGAUUGCGUGAUGAAAUGGUAAACUAUGGAGACAUUGGAAACUCUGUGAAGCUAUUGGAUGAGAUGACUGAGAGAUUUGCUGAUCUCAACCUAGCCCCAUUCCACAAAUUAGUUGAAGAUUGCAUUAAGCAUAGAGAAAUAAAGAACAUCUCUAGGAUUAAUGACAUAGCACAUGCCUAUUCCUGUGCUGGUGUUAGUCCUUAUAAGCAGAUGAAGUUAUUGGGGAUCUCCGUUGCUGAAUACACACUGAAGGAAAACUCUUUGUAUGGACUUGAAGCUGUAUAUUUUACUGUGGCAUCUGCUACUAUGACAAGUCAGUUCAUGGAUUCUCAGAAAGGCAUACCGACUCUUAAGACGCUACAAGGUGGUAAUGUUUGGACACUAAGAUGGUGGAUCUCAUUUGGCACAGCAGCAAGGGUGUCAAAGGCUGGUUGGCCAUGGGAAGCUGCGGUCUCGGCACUUGCUGACUCCAUUGGAGUCGCGCACCCUGGGAUCCUCAGCCGCGCAUCAAAUGGUUGUGGAUCGAAGGACGUACGAUCAAACAGCAUCAGCACUACGCCCAUCAGCAUCUUAGCAAAAUUCGUGAUCAUGGCCGGAAAGGGCCACAGGCAACUGAACAUGUUUGCUUAA